AUGGAAGAUAAUCACCUUCACCAACUCAGAUUAAACAACAGAGUGUUGAAGCAAACCCAGCAGCACUGCACUGAUCACAGGAUCCCGUUCCCUCACAUCGAUUUCAGCCGUGUGGAGAAAGAGGCCAUGAAGGAGGUGUAUGUUUUUGAGGACGAGAAGAACCCCAAAGCUCCCAUUGUGGUUCACUUCCCUCUGGCCAACCUCACCUUCAGAGAGUUUAAAGCCCCAGGUGUCAGGAGAGAAGGGAAGGAUGAACUGAGGAUGGGAGAGCUGGACGUGAGCAGCAGCGCCUCACCAUACAUCACCAGGAACCUGGCCUACCAGCCCGAGGACUUCCAGAAGCUGAUGGACCUCACUUGCUACAACGUCCUGAACAACCGCGACACCUUGCUGUCAGCUCUGCGCAGGGCGCUACAGAGAGAGAGAGUCCAUGAAGAUGAGCACAAACCCUCCUGUCCCUGAAAUUUUGGCAUUCAGAUAUUAAUGAUUUAAGGUUACAAAGGAACAUACAUCAUUCUUAUAAGCAGCAGAUGUUAAAUCAACAUUACUUUUUGAGAUAUGCUUUUAUAGGUGACUGAUUUUGGUAUAAUCUUCAACUAAUUUUGAUUGUUAAUGUUCAUGUUAAAGAAGAAAAGCCAACUAUAAAGACACAAAUGCUAGAUGCUUGGAAGGUUUUCCCAAUGCCAGCAGUGCUAUAACUUCCUAGUUUUAACUCCUUAGUGCUACUUUAAAUGUUAUGUCAAAGCUUCACUGAAUACUUGAAUACUGCAUGCCUAUGACAUAGUUUGUUUACUGCUACAUUGUAUCAGUUUGCUCGUGUUUAUUUGUCACCUUUUCAGAUGAUUAUAAUGGAAAUAUAUCAGGGCAACUGAAAUUGAUAAACACCACAGAAGUUUUCUUUUGGAUCUUCAGAUUUUGUAUUUUUAGAGUCAGGAUUCAGGAAUGUGUUCAUCCUCAAUUUGACUAAAUAAAGAAUCACAGUCAAGCCUACUUACACAGUGAAUUUAGAAUUUAGUCAACACAGUCAGGCUUGAAGUCUGUACACAGUGUCUCUCAGGCCCUAGGGAAGAGACAAUUAUUUCUGCUGUCCUUACACAUACCAUCUUAUAUCAGAGAGAUUGUGUGAGUAUUAUAUCAGAUGACAGAAAGAAAGAACGAAAAUAAUUCUUUAAUUAACAAAUUAAGAACAAACAAGCUAAUUAACGGAUGAAUUGAUGAAAACAUAUGGGAACAAAUAAUGAAAAAACAAAUAAAAGUCAGUAGAUAGAAGUAUGUUAACACCUAGAACACCAGGCAGUUAGUUGUUUUCAUUCACUGGUUUGAUGCCAGCAUGUUGGAGAGGCUUUUUAAUGACACUCUGAAUUUGUACGUGAUGAAGGUAGUGGAGGAGAAAAAUGCAUGAGAGCUGCUGGAACACAUGGAGCCGUCUUUUAGAUAAUUUAG